GGAUUUUUCUGCUGUCACUGACACAUGUACAGCGACGGCCGACUACAGACGAGACAUUCCGACGGGAGCAGAGCAAGAGGAAAGACGUUCAUAAUUAAUUAACACGCGUUUUGGUCUCAAUUGAAUGGCAGAGACACUACCUGGAGAUAACUGAGCUCGCAGCGCAACUUUAUCAUUUUUCAUAGAGCAGCAGCUGAAUUAUAAGAACAAGACAGACGGCAAACCAGGACGUCUCUAGUGGAAAUAUAAUCUGAAAGCUCCAUUUGCCUUUCCCUCCGCAGUUCAACAGCGUUCAGACACGCACUAUCCAACGGACUUGAGUGCUGCGAUUCCUCUCGGACUGCUGGGCCACUGCUAUAACUGAAGGCUUCUGCCAAGCCUUCUGUGGGACCGUUGCAUAUUGCAUUUUUGUAUAACCCGGCGUGAACGGAAAGAUCCAAUCAUUACACUAAAAAGGGACAAAAGAGGGACAAUGGUGAAUCCUGGAGGAAGUGCCCAGCCACCGCCUGUGGGAGCAGGCUCCCUCUCGUGGAAGCGCUGUGCCGGCUGCGGAGGCAAGAUCGCUGACCGCUUUCUGCUCUACGCCAUGGACAGCUACUGGCACAGUCGCUGCCUCAAGUGCUCCUGCUGCCAGGCCCAGCUGGGCGAGAUUGGCACUUCGUGCUACACCAAGAGCGGCAUGAUCCUCUGCAGAAACGACUACAUCAGGUUAUUUGGGAACAGUGGGGCGUGCAGUGCGUGCGGACAGUCCAUCCCAGCGAGUGAGCUAGUCAUGCGGGCACAGGGCAACGUGUACCACCUCAAGUGUUUCACGUGUUCUACCUGCCGGAACCGGCUCGUCCCCGGUGACCGGUUCCACUACAUCAACGGCAGCCUGUUCUGCGAACACGACAGACCCACAGCACUCAUCAACGGCCACUUGAGUUCACUGCAGACGAAUCCACUACUGCCAGACCAGAAGGUUUGUUAGGAGGAGGCUUGCAGCAGGAAGCAGGACGUGUGCCUUCAUUUCAGCCCUUGCUCACCCUCGUGCUCAAGACGUCUCGGAACCCCCGCCCGUCCGUCCGUCCGUCCGUCCACCCGGCCGGCGACUGUCCAUCCAUGCUAUCCCCCGACCCCAUGCGAUCAUUUGCUGCUCCCCCUGCCCUGUGCUCCGUCUCUGGUGUACCCCUCGUCCCCCAGAAUCUCUCUCACCCCAGAAGCACCUUGACCUGAGCCGGCCCCAUGAAGCUCCACUGCUUCAGCAGCAUCCCCACCCCCCAACAGUAGACCCGCCACAGCUUCCCAAGUCAACUACCCCUGAACCCCACCGCUUGGCGAAGUCCAACAGAAUCCUGACCAACCCCUUCUCCCCCCUCACACACAUUUUCAAUCGCAAGUGGACCCCUUCCCACACACACACACACACACACGAAGCCCUGUGCAAAUGUGCACUGGAGAGAACUCUCUGAGGACUCCAUGAACCUGGACUCAAAAGAGAGCGCUCAGAGCCAGAGGAACUCGACACAAGGAGAGAGAGAGAGAGAAAAAGCAAGGGAUGGAUGGAGAUCCAGACUGAGAUGAAAACGGGACAUCUCUGGUUGAGUAGGAGAGAGAGGGAAAACGGAAAAGAAGAGUGCGGAAGGAAACAAGACAAAAGAAGCUAAUCAACUACAGCAAAAAAAAAAAUCUUCUUUUUGUUCCCCAGCAAAUCUGCAAUCGCUCGUUUGUUUCGUUUUUUUUAAUUGUUUGGGGGUGGGGCGACCUGACUCGUUCUGUACCAUAUUCCUUUCCUUUUAACCAUUUCAUUUUCUAAUCUAUCCUCCUUUUUCUUUCAUGACAUGGUAUCCCCUCUCUAUAUUUUAAGUGUUGUAAAAGGGAAUGUGCUUCAUUUUGGGUGAUAUAAAAAGAAAAAAAAAUCAAGACUGGGUUAACAAAAAGUAUCUGUGGCUUUUCUUUUGUGCAAAAUCUAAUCACGAACACUCUUGGUGUAUUUGUAAAAAAAAAAAAAAAAAAAAAAAAAAAAAAGUACCAUGUAUGUAUGCAUGUAAAUGUUUUUUGUCCCAAUGUGGCAGUACAUUCUGCUCCCAAUACACACGACUUAGCCGUACCCCUCCCCCUUCCGAUCCUGAAACCACUUCAAACAUGACAGACAAACAGACAGACAAACAUGCAGACAAACAUGCAGACAUACAGACAUGAAGAUCAUAGUUGGUAAAGUAGACAUUUUCACCAACGUAUAAUGCUGAAUGAGAGAGAAAUCUAUUUGUGAUAUUUUCAGAGACGUUUGCUCCAGUAUGGUGUAUUUAAUUAAUAAAAAUUAAGAUACAAAAGGAA